UCAUGGACCUUUGUCUGAUAUUGCCUAAAGUGCCCUUUCUCAUCACUGUGAUCUAGUUAGCUCUGAUAGAAAAGAGGAUUGCCAGCAUGUAGUCUCCUGCCUGAUCUGGAGAAUGAAGCCUCAGGAAACGACAUGAAGCAGUGGCUUACUGCUGUUUCUCCCACAGAUAAAAUUGAUCUCAUUCAUGAUAUGAUUGCAUAGCGAAGAGCUAGGAACUUCUGAGUGACAAUUAAAGCUCUGGAGUUGUUCCUCAGUGAGACCAGAGGAAUAGGAUUAGGAAGGAUGCAGCUGAAGAUUUUACUGGCAACCUGAAUGUACAGGUGGAGCCUUUGGAAGGAAGUGAGGAGGUUCAUUCUCCCAGGACAGAUUGCCACUGACAAUUUCUCAGCAGGCAGGAUGUCUCCACAUCAUCUCUCAGGCCACUUUUGAUGCUCCAUAGUACAAAAGGCAUCUACAUACCUGAGAAGUAAAGUUGCUUGGCCCAACAGAGAAGAAAGAAAUAAAAUACUUUUUACUUAUCCCCAAAUUUGCUGUGUAUCAUUGUGAGCUCGUGUUUGUGAAUCCAGACAUACACAUUUGGAGGAAUGUGGAAACUCCAUGUGCGCCAGGACCUCUGCCUCCACAUGAUGUCAGUAGAGAGUGUACUUUUGGAGCUGUCAUUGCAGGGGAUAUGUAAAAAUUCUGCUCUUUGCAACAAGAUUUCAUGGCUAAUGUCACAGGACUUUGGUGUUGACUGUUCAAACAUGAUCUCAGUAGGACAGAGAGUGAACCAUGCUGCUCCCUCCACUCAUUCUUCAGUUUAAGGUAGCUGUUGUAUUUUAUGUGUAUUCUUCUACCCUAUAACGGAUUGUCAGACAGAUGCUGCUUUGCUGUUAUGUGGCUGUAUUUUGGGGGUGAGUGAAAAUUUCUCUGCGCAUCCUAAUCACUCUGUGUUUUUUUGGUUUUCCCCAUAAUGUCAUGAGUUCUCUUACCAUAUGGUAAUGGCGAUAUUAUUACUGACAGGACAUACUAGGAGAAUUUUCACAUAAGCGAUCAGUGAUCUAUCCAAAGAAAUUUGGAGCAAUCUGAUCUCCAGCUCCUGGAGAUGCCUUCUGCUGAUGCCAGGUUUCAUGAUGAAAACAAGAUGCUUGCUUCUCUUUCCUUCCCGAGAGAAAUGUACCAGCUUAGUUAUGAGAACUGGCUGGGAGAAACAAGCCACUUCUUUUUUUAUUAUUACUAUUCUUUUAUUUGAGUGAUAUGGUUAUUAACUGCAGCCACCCCCCUCCAUCUAAUUGUGCUGCUGUCGUGUCUGUCCCAGGGCAGCAUCCCCUGCCUAGCAUCAGCUCAUUUCUGCAUUAACUCUUCAGUGAGAGAGCUCACAGCCCAAAUAAGAGAAUUCCCAGAGACAAAAGCUCUAAUAAGCAAAGGCAAUUGAAAUGAUUCAUGGAAAAACUGCCAAAAUCAGAUGGAUUCCCAGGCCACUGAGCCCCUCACCCAUCCAUCUCCCUUUCCCCUCCCCUUCCACCAGCAUUCCCUCCCCCACUCUGAGCCAGGCAUCUGAGAGAAAAGGCUCUGCCUUGCACAGCCUGUGUGACAGCAGGAGGGAGAGGGAGCUGGAGAUAUCGAGGAAGAGGAAGCCGUGCACAGGGCUGGGAAGUACUGCAUGCCGUCUUCCGACACUGCAUCCAAGCCUGGAGGAGAGGGAACCUACUGCUUGCAGGAGCACCUUCUCUCAGCUGUUCGUUGGCAUCUGCAGCAGGUGCUUGGAGUCUAAAGAGGGCAGAAUGGGAUGAGAAAACACCACUGGCAAUUCCGAUCACGGUCCUCGUGAUGAAAACAACUGGGUGUUCAGCUGACCAAAAUGCAGCAGCAAGAAACAAAUAACCUGAGAGGAAAACCAGCAAAAGCUAAACCUAGGCUGCAGAAUCCCUGACUCCGGAAUCAAAUCCAUGUGUGUGGGCUGCUGAUCUGCCAUCUGACGGCUUCUUGCAAAGACCCUGAGGGUUUUGGUUGUUUUUCCCUUUCUGCUGUGAAUCUGUCAGCUAACGUGGAGCGGUCUGGCUUGAAAAUAUUUCUCCGGUAGUUUGACAGGACCUGGCGUCUUCUGCACUGAAUUCUGAGCAUGUGAAGGGACAAGGCAUGUCUGUAGCCAGAAUCCUGAGGCUCCCUGGGAAACGGAUUCUGUGAGGCGAAAGGUUAAAGUGGGAUCAUGGGAGGGAAGCAGGUCAAAUGUCUUACCUCACCUAGUCCUAUCCAUAGUGUGAAGAGCGAAUCCACCGUAGCCCCAUCAGAGGAGAAGGAAAGACUUGUGAUCAUCCACACUGAAGAAACAGAAACUAAAACAGAAGAGACAGAAUCUCAUUUCCAGCCUGAGUGGCAAGCUGGGAACCCUGGGCCAUAUUUGGAGAAUUCAUGGGAGGAGCAGCUUUUGGAACAACAGGACCAUUUGGAAAAGGAAAUGGAGGAAGCGAAGAAGAUGAUUUCAGGCUUGCAGGCUUUGUUGCUCAAUGGGUCUUUACCUGAGGACGAGCAGGAAGGGUCCUUUGAACUUUGUGAACGUGGAGCAUGCCCUGAAGAGCAGCUGAUCAUAAUCCGAAGUCGCCUGGACCAGAGUGUGGAAGAAAAUCAAGACUUAAAGAAGGAGCUACUGAAAUACAAACAAGAAGCUCGAAACCUACAGGGAAUAAAGGAUGCUUUACAGCAAAGGCUGAUUCAACAGGAUGCGUCAGUUCUUCAGCUAAAGCAGGAACUGCUGAGAGCAAACAUGGACAAGGAGGAAUUGCACAACCAGAACGUUGACCUUCAGAGGAAGGUUGAAGAGAGAAACCGGCUACUGGCAGAAUACAAGAAAGAACUGUGCCAGAAGGAUCGGCAUUUACAGCAGCAUCAGACCAAACUGGAUGAAAUGCUUAGGCAGCUUUCUGAGGCCAGCUACCAACAGGUAGAUUUGGAGCGGGAGCUGGAGCACAAAGAGGCCCUGCUAGCUCACUGCAUGAAGAGAGAGGCUGAAGAGGUGAUGGCUUGCACUGGUCAUAGCGCUCAGAGCAAUGGCUUCCUCCAGACAGCAGGGAAAGGAGCUGCUCCCACAGCGCACCGAGGGACAAGUGACUUGCAGCUGGUUCGUGAUGCCCUUCGCAGCCUCAGGAACAGUUUCAGUGGCCACGAUCCACAGCAUCACACUAUUGACAGCCUGGAGCAAGGCAUCUCCAGCCUAAUGGAACGCCUGUACCGUGUGGAAACGCAGAAGAGGCAAGAGAGAAGGACGCGGGGGAAAUCACCAGCAAGCAGAGCAACAAAUGAGUGUAGAGACUCCUGGCCUCCCAAAUCCAAACUGCCUCAUUCUCACAGCACUCCCGUGAUGAGCACCAGUGCCUGCACCAAAGUGUUAUACUUCACUGACCGCUCCCUCACACCUUUCAUGGUCAACAUACCAAAGAGGUUAGGGGAAGUGACUCUGAAGGAUUUUAAGGUAGCUAUUGAUCGUGAAGGAACUCACCGGUACCAUUUCAAAGCCCUGGAUCCAGAGUUUGGCACAGUCAAGGAGGAGGUAUUCCAUGAUGAUGACAUCAUUCCUGGUUGGGAGGGGAAAAUUGUGGCCUGGGUGGAAGAAGACCACGGAGAGAAUUAAUCAAGCUUUGAAGUCUUGUCACUAUGGAAACCUGUAACUGGCUGCUGAACUCAAAGAAUGACCAACAGCCUGUGUCCUGGAAGGAGUCCAAAUCAAGCUGCCAAAAACAGAGGGCUUCUCUGCAAACAACGGGCAAUGCAUGUUGUGUGCAUGGGCACCUGGCAUCUGACUUUCAGUGCCCAAAUGCAGUGUUCUGAGACUGAAAUGACAGGUCCAUGGGAAAGAAACACCUUACUUUGUCCUGUCAACUAAACCCUGAAGGCCUUAAUGAUGCAUUGCUCCUUUCCCCUGCUUCUCCAUUCCUGCAGUAUGUGCUGCAGACUGUGAUCUGAGCAUUUCAAGUCUGUUUCUUGUACAUGCUAGUACACAGAUCUGCACCGAUGGCAAAAAUGUGAAGCUUUGCCUUCAAGAGUCAGAAGCAGCCUCUAGAUGAUGCGAGCCGAAGGUUUUACCAACUUUGUUUCUAGACUUGCAUGUGUUGCAGGAGCAGAGCGAACUUCCUGGACAUUCUGGACUGACAGUGUAGAAAAGUGACCUGGGGAGGGAAGAGAGUCUCCAUAAGGUUUUACGCAAGGUCUAAAGAAAAGAUCACCAGCUUGGCAAAACUCCCUUUCUCCCAAACUCAGGCUUCUGUUUCCUAGCCCAGCUUUUCCCACUUGCUCUCCAAAGCUGUACUCACCUCUGAGGCAUUCUGGGUUUGUUUUGUUGCCAUGGGGACGGUGGGAUCUUGGUCCUUGCUUAUUUGCUGAAGGAUUUCAUUUGUGCGGGAGCUGGAAUCGGCUGCUUCCCUGAGGUACUUCAACCCCUCUCCUUGUUGAGCCUCUUUCCCUCCUCUCCUGCCCUCUCCUCUUUCGGCAAGGCAGACAGUUUCUCACCACCUACCACAAGCAUCACUGUGUGCUGCUGUCCACUCAUUGCCAGGGCCACUAAAUACUUGUCAACACCAGUAGGACAAACCCCAUCGCCCUGGUAUGCCUGUUCCUGGGGUGCCUGAAUGAUCAGGAAAUAAAUGACUACUUGGGAAAGGACAAGCCCUAAAAUCCCUGAGGAUGGGUUUUCCUUUUUGGUUUUGUGGGGGUUUUUUUGUUUGUUUGCUCUUGCAUUGCCUGUCUCUGACCCUCUGCUGGCAGUCAGUUGAAUUUCCAGAGUACUGGCUGUGAUGUACCGCAGGCACUGUUGACUUAUGGCAAGUCAAGGUUCUGCUCAUUCUCGGUCCAUGUGGCCCUUCCGUGGACUACCUGUGUGUCUGUGCUGCGCAUGAGUCUGGGAGAAGCUGAUCCUGGUUUUACUGUUUUAUAUUAACAUGUCCUUUUGUAAACAUGUUCCUGUUCUUGGAAUUAUUUUGUACCAGUUUACAUUUGUCUGAGGACUGUGGAUAUUUUUAUACUAGUGCAAGUGCUUUCUGUAUAUUUCUGCACGCAUUAUACUGUGUUUUGCUCAUUUUCUCGUGGUUGCUGAGAUGUUUUCUAUUGUCUGGGCUCAUAACUUUUAUUUUACUAUGGAAAUCCAACCAGUUCCUGCUGGAUUUUAUAUUUUUGUGAGCUUUAAUGGACAUCAACAAUACUAUUUAUUUUCUCACUGCUUCACUGUUCAGGAAGUAGUUCGAGGCUGCUAUGUGCCUCUGUGGCUCUGUGCCACAUUGGCACAACACAACAUGCCUCCUGUUCUGGACAAUUUGUUAUGGUGACAUUCUCCUUACAGACAGCAGUAGGAAAGUUCAUCAAUUAACAAGUUCAUCAAUGGUCGGGGGGGGGGAGGGGAAUACCUCUGUUUGGAAAAGAAACAAAGAUUUUCUUCCUCCCUGGAAAUAAUUUCUUUGUUGCAUGAUCUCUAGUGUGUUCAUAAAGAGAGCAUGGGGUUGCUAUACUGAAAUCAAUUGUAUCUGAAUUGCAAAUUUUUCGCAAGUGUUUGUUGCUUCAGCUUUUACACACCAGUUUUAUUUUGGCAAGAGCCAUGCACGCAGGCUACAAUUUUAUGGAGAAAAUUAAGACAAUUUUCAAGGUCUGUAGUUGCCAGUUCCAUCUCUCUCUCUGCUACUCAAAGAUGAGCAGUUUGGUUUUGGAGCACUGAAGACACAGGAGCUUGUUAAUAUGAUCAGAGCUUCUAAUGGAUAAGUCUUCAAUCCUUGCCCACAGCUAUCCAGUUUUCCCAUGAAGAAAAAAGUUGUUAUCUGAUACAGUAAACAACUUCUUGUUCUUAGAUCAGCUCAGAUAACUAACCAUGGUCACAUUUAAUAUGCUCACUGCCACUAGAGAGCCAAGGACUGAAUCUUAUCUGGAAACACAUGUUCUCCAGAGCAACAAUGGGCUAUAUUUGAGAAAGAGCAAGACUGGAGAAAAGGCUUGCUUUUUAGAUGUGGCAGUCAUGUACCUUUCAUCUAUGCUAGGACAAAAAAAGACACCUCCUAAGACAGAACUGAUAUCAAUGCUUUGUUCUUGGGUUCCUAUAUGCAGCUCUCCUCUGUGAUAGCGAAGUUGGAACUGCUGUCACUGAAGCUGAAGGACUGCUGCUCUGAUACGCUAUAUCCCAUGCACAAUCUGUGUUCAGCUUUAUUUCUGUAUUGAUGCUGCAGCCUCCUUCAGACCUUUUACCUUUGCAUUGAUUGAGAGAAAGGGGUCUGGAGGAGCUAAGAGAUGUUAGGCAUAGGGUUAAGAAGUAUCAGGUGGAAAAGCUGUUGGCUGUAUGUUUCUCUUUGACAAAGGCAAAAGAUGCGUUUUAAGUCAGUUUGGCACUAAAUCAGUUUGUUAUAACACUGACUUCAGUGGGUUUAUUCUAGGGAUGUGCUCUUAAUAUCAUAGCCAGGAUUCAUAUUUUUCACUGGGUUUAAUCUGGUUUUGUCCAAACUUUCUUCAGAUUUACUUUCCUUGCUUAUGUAACAUACAUGGUCUGUGUAAGAUUAUAUUUUCAUAGAAACUCUGAUGUUUGCAUUCAUCACUUAUGGCAGCUAUUCUAAAGCCUGUUCUCUAGGAAAGUGAAGUUUUAUCUGUACAUUUGAACUAGACAUACCUGCCUGAGUAAGCCUUGGAUUAAUGGACCAGUUAUCUCAAUAAAACAGGGUUUGCAAACUGA